UAACCUAUUUUUUAAUGCAUAAGUGAAGAUGGUUGCCAUAUAAUGCAACAUUCUGGGAAACGUACGCGGAGUGCCACUCUGAAAGCUAUGUUGGAGGAGUUAGAACGUGCAAAGAAAGAGAGGAAAGAUGCAAUGGAGGAGAUCACUGCAUCGCAGGUGAAAACGGAACCUGGAAGUGAGGAUGAACCUCCUGUUGUCAGGUGUAUAGCUGGACAGUUUGUGCAAGAAGGAAUAGGAAGGUUCCAUAAAGGAAAGGGAAAAGGAAAUGUAGUCGGAUCUGGUGUAUGUUCUGAGAGAAACAUGUAUCAUGCAACCCUUUAUCGUAGAUCUUUAUCUACAAGGAGUAAUAAACGUAGCAAAGUUUUGGCAAAAAUACAGGGAAAGGCUGCAUCAGUUGGUAAUUGCGAAGCAUCGCCAAGGAUGGUGAAGAAAGGAAAGGGGAAAGUUAUAUACUCAGGAAGUGCAGGUGGUGCGACACGAAAAACUUCCAAUGAGAAGGUUGAACAGUCAAGUGACACGGAAAGGAUUGAUGUUGAUCUGAAUGGCCUGGCUUAUUCCAAGCAUAACAAAGAGCAUAAGGCUGCAAAUGCAUCAGUCAAGAAGAACCCAUCAAUGGGAAAACGCAAGGCGGUAGAUGCUUUGUCCAAAGAAAUGUUGCAUGGUAAGGGGAAGUGUAACAUGGUAAAUCGUAAAAGUGUCAGAUGUGUUCAAGGUGGACCUGGAAGCAAGGACAAAAAGAAGGGCAAGGUUGCAGAGACAUAUCCUGGACCUGUCGGUGGAAAUUCGGCUCCGAAAGAAUACUUUACGGUCGCAUCCGAUAGUGAAAGAUCGGACACAGAAGGGAUGUACACUCCAAUUUAUGAGGAAGAGGAAGAAGAGUACUGGAUACGUGAAGUCAUGGAUCUAAAGAAGACGUGUACCAAUGUGUUGCAAUUUCCCGUACAUGUAAUCAACAGCUAUCUUCGUGGAAGAAAAGGGAGAAUAGUUAUCUACGAUGUAGAUAAGGAAGUGCCGUAUUACUGCGAGAUUAAGAAGAGGGCCUUGAAGAAGGAGAUGUACCUGAUAGGUGGCUGGUACGAUUUUGCAAAGGAAGCAGAACUGAAAGUAGGUGACAAACUGCACUUUGUCAUCCGAUACCCACCAGUGGAUGAAAUAAUGGUUCAUGUUGAGCGUCGCGGUUCGGUGUAACAUUUGGUGAUUUUUAGUCAGUAUGUUUUCAAAGCCGUUGUUCAGGCAUUUGGUUUAAUACUCUUAAUUAUCAGACAAUAUUUUUUACUGGUUGCUGCUUAUGACUAAUGAACCUGGUAUUUUGGUAUUUUGGU